AUGGAGAAUUAUAGAACUACCUACAACAACAAUACAAUUUCUACCAAUGAAGCUCUAAAACACCUAGGAGAAAUGUUCAAAACAGAGAAGCUUAACAUAGAGCAGAUUCGCACUGAUGUUACUAGUUUGCUCUUAGAUAUCAUUGAGACCAAGGACUCAAUGAUCUCCAUUACAGUUCGCAAACACCUUGCAGAGAGGCUGAACCCGGUCUUUGCAAUUCUUUAUCAUCUAGAGGGUGUUUCUCCUCAGUCAUCUGAUCAGAAACAAGGGGGAGAAGGAGUAUCUAAGGCUGAACAUCCAAAAUUCUUGCCAAGCCUGUUGUCAAGAAAGAAUCUAACGGCAAGGAAAAACUGA